AUGGACGCCCCCGCGCCACCGCCGCCGCCGCCGCCGCCCUCCUCCUCUUCCUCUUCCUUCUCCGCUGCCCACUACUUUCCGGCACGGCGCCGGGUGUGGCAGGCCUGCACCAACUGCCGGGCCCGCAAGACACGCUGCGAUGCCGCGAAGCCCAAGUGCAGCCUGUGCAUGGCGCAGGAUGUCGAGUGCAUCUACCGCGACUCGAACCAGCCGCGCAUCGAGCAGAACACGAGGAUCCUGCUGGAGCGCAUCCAGAUGCUCGAGGACCCCCGCGAGCACACCCCCGCCGCCCCAAGCCGCGCGGCAUCCAACAACGCCGGGAUCGGCAUCGGCAUCGGCGUCGGCGUCGGCGUCGAGAACGCAGACUGGGGCAACGCAUGA